UAUUACUAUUAGAACUCCGUAUUUGUUACUGUAGAUGUGUAGCAAGCCUAUUAGAAAAUCGUUCCUCCUAAAAUCCUAAAGCCCUAACCUUGGGAGAAAUCAGAGACCGAGAUGGAAGCGCAGAAUAACGGCAGCGUCAAUGACAUUGCUGCUUGUCAAUCGAAGCUCCUACUUCCUUCCGAAAAACCCCGCGUCAUAUUUAUCCUCGAAAACGCUUCUCUUCAAAAGGGUUUUGUUCGCAAGAAGCGGAAGAUUUUACAUUCCUCUCAAGAUUCCAGCUUUUUAUUGAAGCAAGGGAAGAAUCCUGAUGAUUAUCGCCCUGACAUUUUUUUUGAGGCUCUUCGUGGAAUUUUAGAUAGCCCGCUAAAUAAAGCUGGUAUGAUUGCAGCUGUGUACGUCAAAACUGAUUCUGGUGUUAUCUUUGAAGUCAAGCCACAUACUCGAAUUCCUAGAACAUGCAAGCGGUUUUGUGGUGUUAUGGUUGAGCUAUUGGAGAAGUCUUGUGUUCGUGCUAAAGAUUCAGGAGAUUUGUUAAUGAAAGUCCUUAAAGAGCCUUUGACACGCCAUAUACCUGAAAAUUCUCAAAUAAUCGGGCUGUCUUAUAGUUCAGAAAAGCUUGUUGAUAUAGAGGAUUAUCUUUCUGUUGCCAAGGAUGAUUCAGACCUUGUUUUUGUGGUGGGUACAAUGGUCCACGGUGAAGUUAGCAAGGAGUCAACAACUGACUACAUUUCAGUUUCUAGGUAUCAAUUGAAUGCAAAAUCCUGCAUUGGGUUAGUAUGUGACGCGUUGGAGCAGAAAUGGAAACUUGCACGAUGCUAAUUUGCGAGGCUUGCAAUGCAUGAUGAGGAAGGGUCGUUUGAUAAUAUUACCUAUUGAAAAGAACUUUUGGUAGCAAUACUACUGGCAAAACGCCAGAAAUCAUCUAUGUAAUAUUUCCUUCGUCCCUCUUAAAAAUUGCUCCAUGACUUUUCCCGGUCUCCAAAAUAUAACUUAAAUGUAAAAUAUUUCAAAUUCCUUAGCAUAAAAAAUUAUAAAAUGUGGAUAUUCCUAAAAUAUGUAGCGAAAAAAAUUAUAAAAUGUGGAUAUUCUAAAAAUAUUUAGAACAAUUAGUAUAAUGUAGUAGAACAAUGAGUACGUUCAGUGUGCCGCCAGUCUACCACGAUUAUGUAGCUAAAAAGCCUUGAAUGUACGUUCAGUGUGCUAGUCUAGCACGAUUAUGUACCCAAAAGGUCUUGAAUGUUUCGGUGUAUAAUAAAUUUAUUGUAUAAUAUGGUAAUUUUUAACAUA